AUGAACAAGAACUAUUUAUCUCUUGUCGUUGAGGCGGGUGGUUUUGAAAAUCUAGAGUUUCAAGAGAGAGAUUGUCGGAAUUUCAUUGACAAAUCUAGACACUUAAGAUUGGGUAAAGGAGGUGGUGAUGCCCUGUAUGACUAUUUUCAAAGAAUGAGAAAGCAGAAUGACGGCUUCGUUUCUUCCAUGGAUGUUGAUGAUGAUGGAAGGUUACGGAAUGUUUUUUGGGCUGAUGCCUGGAGUCUAUCUGCCUAUGAGUACUUCGGAGACGUUGUCACCUUCGAUACGACGUACCUAACAAACCGAUACGAUAUGCCUUUCGCUCCAUUUGUUGGCGUUAACCAUCAUGGGCAUUCCAUACUACUAGGGGCGGGGUUGCUAUCGAGCGAGGACACACAGUCAUUUGUUUGGUUGUUCCGCACAUGGUUGGAUUGCAUGAAUGGUCAAGCGCCCAAAGCCAUCAUAACUGACCAAGACCGGGCAAUGAAGAACGCAAUCCAAAUUGUAUUUCCGGAGACCCGCCAUAGAUACUGUCUAUGGCAUAUAAUGCGCAAACUCCCAGAGAAGUUAGGAUCUCAUUCCCAUUUCAGCACGGGAUUGAAGACCUCAAUUCAGUCAGCAUUGUAUGAUUCUCAGACCUGCAGAGAAUUUGAGGAGAUGUGGGGUGAACUUCUUGAUAAGUAUGAUCUUAGAGGUAAUAAUUGGCUCAACUCGUUAUAUGAGGAAAGGAGUUAUUGGGUCCCCGUUUACUUGAAGGAUGUAUUUUGGGCGGAUAUGAGCACGACACAACGAUCAGAAAGCAUGAAUGCUUUCUUCGAUGGAAAGAAGGUGGAGGUAGAGACGACGGCUGAUUUCAACUCUAGUAACCAAAUGAUCCCCUGCGUUUCCCCUUUCAAUUUUGAGAAGCAGUUUCAGAAAGUAUACACAAAUGCAAAGUUUAAAGAGUUCCAAAAAGAGUUGAUGGGCCUAAUGUGUUGUAACUGCACACUGGUAACCAAGCAGGGGUGCAUUUCAACCUUCGAUAUAUUGGAUGAAAUAUCUAUUCAUGACUGCAACAAAAUUGUCCACUACACACUCUACUAUAACGAAGAGGAAUAUAGAUAUGUGUUGGAUCGCUGGAGGAAGGACCAGAAGAGGACAUACACAUUGAUCAAAAGUAGUUAUGAUGAUGUGCGUGCCAGUGGAGAUUCAUGGAGAUAUGAGAUGGUGGUUAAAAGAUGCAUGAAAUUAGCAACAAAAAUUUCCCCGAGUGAUGAGCGAGUCAAUGCAUUCUUGAAGGUUGUGGAUGACUUUGAUUCAAGAUGUAAUGAUGUAACCUUUGGGACGACAUCCGAAUCAACGGAAGUAGGACCGAAUGUGGACACCGCGGACAAGGGUAAGAAGAUAUUAAGCCCCAAUGUGGUCCGAGGGAAAGGAAGACCCCCAAGUAAAAGAAAGGUUCCCCCUGUGGAGAAGAUUACAAGAAAGAGAAAGGCCUGCAGGAAAAUAUUACAUGAUCAAACACAAUUGGGUGACACCACGACAUCUGAAUUCAUGGACCAAUCUAAUGAUGGAGUUGGUGUUGGUGUUGGGACACAAACCAGCUCAGUCACACAAUUAAAUAUAUCAGGAAAUCAGGAGCUCAGUUUCACUUCUUUCAGAUAUGCGGCGAUAAUUGAUUUGCUGCUUUUGUGUCGGUCAUGGUAG